AUGUUGGAAAUUUCAGCCAGUCGUAAUCUUGUGGAACGCCCUGUGAACAAUCUCAUUACGAUAGGGCGACGGGCCAGUCCCUUAGCUGAUCCUCUAGGAUGGCAAGGGGCGAAAAGUACACUAAAGGAGAGAAUAAGCUACAUGUAUUGCAAGGAUGUUUUGGCCGACGUUUAUUUCAUAGUGGGAAAGGACGAUAUGAGACAGAGAAUUCCUGCUCAUAAAUUUGUCCUUUCGGUUGGUUCAGUAGUUUUUGACGCAAUGUUCAACGGCGGUCUCACGCCACAGAAUUCUAAAGAUCCAUUGGAAAUUGAAUUGCCCGACGUUGAGGUCCCAGCAUUCCGUUCACUUCUUCGUUUUCUUUAUUCUGAUGAAGUUGAAAUAGGACCGGAAAGCGUGAUAACUACGCUUUAUACAGCGAAGAAAUACGCUGUGCCGGCGAUGGAAUCUGCAUGUGUUGAGUUUCUUAAACAGAAUCUUGGUGCGGACAAUGCGUUUAUGCUACUUACACAGGCACGCUUGUUUGAUGAGCAACAACUAGCCAAGCUGUGCCUUGAGAUCAUUGACAAAAAUACAUAUGACGCACUGAAUGGUGAAGGGUUUACUGACAUCGAUCUGGACACGUUAUGUGCUGUUCUUGCUAGAGAUACGCUUCGAAUAAGGGAAGCCCAGCUGUUCCAAGCAGUGGUACGUUGGUCGUCUGAGGAGUGCGCUCGACGUGGUUUGGAGGCAACGACUGAGAAUCGACGUGCUGUUCUUGGUCAUGCUGUGCAGCUUAUUCGUUUUCCUUUGAUGACAGUAGAAGAGUUUGCGCAGUCAGCUGGUGAGACACAGUCUGGUUUGCUGACUGAUCGAGAGGUGGUUAACCUGUUCCUUUACUUCACUGUUAAUCCGAAACCGUCUAUCGGAUUCAAUGACAAUCCACGUUGCUCAGUAGCUGGAAAAGAAUUGGUGGUCAGCCGAUUCCAGCGAAUAGAAGGUCGGUGGGGCUACAGCGGAACUCCAGACAGAAUAAAAUUCACUGUUGAUCGAAAAAUCUACGUUGUUGGAUUCGGACUGUAUGGUGCUAUUCAUGGUUCUCAUGAGUACCAGUGCAUAAUACAGGUAAUUCAUUGCGGUACAGGAAAAGUCUUGGCUCAAAACGAUACGUCAUUCAUUUGCGAUGGUUCUUCAUCAACAUGUCGUGUUUCCUUUCGUGAGCCUGUGGAGAUUACUCCCGGUGUCACCUACAUAGCAAGUGCCUGUUUAAAGGGCGUGGACUCUCACUACGGUACAAAAGGACUGCGACGUAUUGUACACCAGUCAGCUACUGGUGGUGUAGUCACAUUUCAGUUCACCUAUGCGGCUGGCAAUAAUAAUGGAACAAGCGUUGAGGAUGGUCAAAUACCAGAAAUAAUUUUUUAUACCAACAAUGGUUAA